AUGGAAUUUAUUUGUAUUUUUUCAUGGUACAUUGAUUAUUAUAAUUAUUUAAAAUAUAGCUAUCUGCUGUUAAUCGUUUUUGAAUCCGAAUAGUUUAAGUUUUAAAAAGUAAAUAUUGUACAAGAUGAGUGAAGUGGAGGAUAAAUAUGGUUCACUAAUGUUUUUUCGGAAAACCGGAGAGCCGGGUACUUCUUAUCCACUGGUUAAAGGAAAGACUUGUAUAGGUUCCUCCAUUGAUGCUAAUAUUCGUCUGAAACUAAAAGAUGAACGUUUGGAGGAAAUACACUGCAUUAUAGACGUGACCCAAAAUGGAAUUGCUACAAUACUUAACAAGUCCCGUGUAUUCCCUAUUUGUGUUAAUACAGUCUCCGUCAGCAAAUUUAAGGUUCUAUAUAAUGAAGAUGAAAUAGAUUUAAUAGGGAAGAAGUUUAAAUAUGUGAAUGAUAAUGUAUCAAGAGAGGAUGUAGAAAAGCACCAGGCCUCUUUAAGCAAAGCCAUAGGUACUCCAUUGAAAAAAAGACAAUCUGUUGCCCCAGUUGUUAACAUACAAAGUACAAAGAAAACUCCAAAUUUUAAAACCAAAAGUACAGUACAAAAAAAGCCAAUAGCAAGAAAGUCUUCUAAUGGAAAAGGCAGAGAAUCAUCGAUGCCAGAAAGAAAUCCAGGCAAGAGUCGAGACUUAGAAAGACCUAAAACUACGUCAAAACUAAUUGUUUCGAAGGCACUUGCAUCACCUAAAAGGACUAAAAGGCGACGAUUAUCCUUAGAUGACAAUUCUACGAAACUAGAAAAAAGUCUCCAAGUGUCUGAGAGGAAUAUUUUACUUUCUGAAAAUAUCAUCUCAUCCACUAUAUCCGAAGAAGAAUGUGUACCUUCAGUAUCUCAGUUAAAAGCCGAUAAUGACGCUGCUGAUUUCUUGGACAUAAGCAAUAGAAGUUUGUCGGCAUCUGAAGACCGGCGGUUCUCGAUAAGAACUCCCAGCAGAUCCUCUAUUAGGAUUAAUGUUAUAGAACCUACGCCAAAAUCUAAAAUAUCUAAAACUCCUUCGACUCGGGCCAAAAGCGAGACACCAAAAAUGAUAAACAAAUUAAAUUCAAUUGAAAAUAUAAUCAAAACUCCGAUGAAGCUGGAAUUGUUGAAAAGAACUCCAAGUUCAACAAAAAAAAUGAGAACAUCCGUAACCAGUUCUAAUUUAGGGGGAGUGGAAGCAGCGUCAGAAUAUUCCAACGUGGAAGCACCGUUAUCUACAAAAAAAGUUGUGCGAGAAAGUAUCGGCACUCCCAGUCGUUCAAAAGUUUCUUCACAUCAAACCUCCGAAACAAUAAAAAGAAGACAGAAAUCUGUCGGAAAUAUUCCAGCGCAUGAUAAAUCAAUGUCUACGAGGAGGAAAACUGAAGGCAGUGAACCAAACGGCAAUGUUAUUGAUCAACAGACUGUAGCCAAAAAACCCUCGACAUCUUUCAGGAAAAGUAAUAUUUCCAGUGUUGACAGCGCAGAUUUGUCCGAAGACAUGGAGAUUUUGAACCUUUCUGAUUCUUCUGUUUCUCCGAUUCCACCCAGGACAGGCUUGUCAAGUACAGAUUCCGAUCCUUUCGAGGAACAAAUUCCAAAUGAUCCCCGUCUUUCACUCGGAAAAGCUUCCCCGAGAAAAUCUAUACGGAGGAGUCCACAAGCCAAACAAUCUUUAAGGCGAUCUUCAGAAAUAAAACCUGUAGGAGAUGAAAAAGAUACUUCUGGGAAUUUUCAACAGUCUGUUCCUGAAGAAACAGGGAAGAAUAGUCUCAACAGUUCUGGGUUGAGACGAUCGAUGCGUAGAAGUAGUGUGUUACAGGAACGAGGGAAAGAACAAUAUUUUGAUAAAAAGGCAGAGCAACACGAAUUAGAAAAUAAACAAGCUUUACAACAUUCAAAGUUAGAAGAUAUAAAAGUUGUUAGAACACCGUCAAUGAGACGAACCUUCAGAAAAAGUGCUUUAAAUGAAGGAACGAAAGAAACUGACUCAUCUAGCAAUGACUCCUUACCUGACUUGCAAGAUCAAUCUUUUGGGAGUUCCACUUCCUUAAAUAACGAUAAUAAUUCAAAUAAAUCUAGAAGGUCCUCACGUAAAAAUGACCAAACCAAAGAAGAAAAAGAAUCAUUUGCGAGAGAACCGCUGGAAAAAACAGACAUAAAACCCAUUUUUAUCCCACAAAGCAGACCACCUUUAAGAAGUUAUGUGGAUGAGAGCAAAAAACUAUCCGAUUGUCUUUCUAGAUCAGCAUCUCGAGGCGAACCAAACGAUGCACAUUAUUUAAAAUCAAAUGCAGAAGAUAAAGAAGACGAAGAUGCAUUGAACCAGUCUACAUUAAGCAACGGAAUCAACGUUUCGAGGAGAGCUUCGUCAAGAAGAAGCGCUGGAAAUUAUUGCAAGUCUUGCGACAUAUCACCCAUUAAAGCUCCAACACCACGGCGUUCUUCAUUAAGUGAGAGUUUCAUAAGCAUUUUUAACAAAUCACCUUUGAGCAAAAAUGAUUCGGAUUUAUUGACAGACGAUCAGUCUGGAAAAGACACACCGAAAUCUAAAAAAAGUCUUUCGAUUGACGAAUCUCAGUCUGAAGAAGAUAUAAGCGAUGUGGAAUAUUUAAGCAAUUCCACAAACUCUAAACGUUCGUUGAGAAAUAGCACUUCAUUUAGUAAAUCCUAUAGUGGUUCAGUGGUGAUGGUCGAUGAUGACUCUAUAAAAAGUACUCCAGAGAACAAUACAUCUAUCAUAAUUCUCGAUACUCCAUUGGUAAAGCCUUGCGGAAACACCCAUAAGAAGCUGUCAAAGACUUUAAAUUCUAGUAUUGAAGAUUGUGUUGAAUUAUCCACUCCUAAAUCGGUGAUAAAAAGUCGCAGGUCGAAAUCACUACCUUAUAAACCAAUCGUUGAGGAAAUUACACCGGUCACACCACAGGAGAUCGGUAGCAGAACCGAAAGUGGUUUUAAGACUCCUUUGAAUACCCCAGGCUUGUUCGAGAACAUUAAAAAUUCUGUGAUAAUGUCGAGAAGCAGGCGGAGGCCAAGUAGUCAUUUCAUGGAGGAAUUGAACAAAGCUGAAGGGAACAAGACUAGCAAGAGGCCCAGGGAAUCGACUGAGGGCAUCGAUAGAUCAGCUAAGAAAAGGAAAAUGUUAAUCGACGACUCUUUGAAUUUAACAAUGGAUGAGGAUCUCGAUGCAUCAUUUGAUUCAUUUGCAACAGACGAAAUUUUUGCUACCGACACCACUGACCAAUACAUCGUACCAAAUACACCACAUGAUUUUAGAAAUCUCACCGAUAAACCACUCAUUACGGACCCACAAGCAAAAAGCCUGACAGAACCGAGAAAACGGAGAUCAGCACCAAACAGACGUUCUUUGCACUCCAUGAGGCUUGACAAUCAAUUUAAUGAGAGCGAAGAGAAGAGCAAAUCGAGAUCAUCCGAUGAUAAUGAAGGAAGCGACAGUUUCAUAGAUUCUGGUGUAGGCUCAAGAAGGUCAAGACGAUUGUCCUUGAAAGCUCAGAAAGAAGAUCCACAAAAUAAAGUAGAGAAAACUCCCAUGAAGGACGUUGGCAAAAAGGAGUUAAGUAUUCCCAAAGAAGCAAAAUCCCCCAAAAAUGAUUUAACGGAGGUCCGUGGUGUCAGACGCCUUAUUCAGACACCAAAACCUGCACCUUCCCCUAAGAAUGAUCUCUCAAAUGUUGCUGGAGUUAAAAAGUUAUUCUCUACACCAAAUAUUGUGAGGUCCCCUAAGAACGAUUUGACUCAAAUACCAAAUUUGAGGAAAUUUGUUUACCCCGUUCAACAAAAUAGUCCCAGAAAUGAUUUAUCAGAUGUUGCCGGUAUCAAAAAGCUACUGAAUACUCCGAAAAAGGUCAAGUCACCUGAAAACGAUUUACGAAAUGUGCCUAAUUUGAGAAAAAUAAUAUCUCCCAAACAGCAAAACAGUCCAAGAAACGAUCUAAGCGACGUAGCUGGUCUGAAAAAACUACUAUCCACGCCAAAGAAACAAAAAGAACCUAGAAAUGAUCUCACAAAUGUGGCGGGUGUUAAACGAUUGAUGUCCACCCCUAGAAAGCAAAAUUCUCCCCUGAACGACUUGACAAAGGUGCCAAAUCUUCGAAAAGUUAUGUCUCCCAAGCAACAGAACAGUCCAAGGAACGAUCUAAGCGAUGUAGAAGGCGUCACAGACAUUUUCAAAGAAACUGAAUCACACGCUAGCGGAAGCGAUAUAGAAAAUAACGAGGAUCUGUUUGACAAGCUAUUUGUCAAGAAACCUAUAAGAACUUACAGGGGACAAAGUUUAUCUCCCAUCACCAGAAAGGCCAUGCUAUUCGCACGGGAUCAGAGAAAGAGUUUGGGCAGUACACCGUUUUCAAGUCCUCGGCUAGAAAAAUGGCUGGAAGACCAGGCGGUGUUUACACAGGAAAAGGUUGACAAAGUCGGAAAAUCUAACACCGAACAAUUAAACGAAGAAACUGACUCUCCUAAGGCAACGCCACAAGCGAGAAGAAGAAGAGCGGUAGUUGCGGGAAAAACAGAAAAUCAAGUCGAAAAGAAACCUAGGGGAAGAGCAAAAGCCCUCCAAACCGAAUCAGUGGAAAACCCGGCAGUAGAAUCACCUAGAAGUUUGAGAAGCAGACAGAAAACUACAGUGGCUGCAUCUCUGAAGGCAGACAUCGUUGACAGUACUACUGCUGCCCCUAAAUUUAAACCACCGGCAACAACGAAGCGCGGUAGAGUUAGAAAAGUGUCUCAGAGGGAGGACAUAACACAGCAAGUUCCAGAGAUUCAUAGCACUACACAAGAUGAGACUGACGAAGCUGAAGCCGCCGACACCGAAGUGACUACCGCAACAAAACGCAGGGGUAGGACAAGAACAGUUUCACGCGAUAAGGCACUCGAACCGACAGUGCAGAAGACUAGCAGUAGAAGAAAGCCGCCGAAGAAAAAUGGUGAAAGCUCCGUCACUGAAGCGGUUCCAUUGCCUCAACGAAAAGGCAGACUAAGAGGUGUUCCGGUUGAUGAAAGAGAAGUUUCCAAGAAAGAUGAAGAUAAAACUACCGACACAGAAACGACUCCGUUACCUAAACGAAAAGGUAGAUCAAGAAAUGUUUCAGUGGAAGGGAAAGUGGUUUCUAGCAGUGGAGGGGGAAAGGCGUCUAAGAAAGAUGAAGAUGAAAAUGCUACUACCGCCGAAGCAACUCUAUUACCUAGACUUAGAGGAAAGCGCAGAAGUUUUUCUGUCGAUGAGACCAUACUUUCUGGUAGUAGGAGAAGACUGCCAAGGAAAUUUGGACAUGAAUCUGAAGAUGAGAAGCAGAACGUGGAGCUUGAAACGGAGAACAAAAAAGAACCUAAAGGAAGAAAUCGAAAAGUAAAACCCGUUACUGAAACAAACAAGAAACCCGCAAAGAAAGGAAGUAGAAAACAGGUAGUUAUAGAGAGUUCCGAAGAAGAUACAAAGGAAGAGAAUGAUGAUACCUUGGAAAUGAAUUCCAGCACGAACAAAAAGUCUAAAUCGGAGGAAGUAUCAGAACCGGUGAGAAGGCUACGAAGGAAGCAAAUUGUAAUUGAAGACGAUGAUGAAUUGCCAGAGGAGGAAAAUAAGGAAAAUUUGCAGCAAAGUGCUGGUAAGAGGAAAGAGACGAGGAGAAAAAAUCAAAAGUUAGAUCCCGUUAUUGAAUUAGUAGACAUUGCACAGAAAAAUGUGGAAAUUGGACGUGACAAGACAAGAAGUAAAAAACAACCAGCAAAGUCACAGGUAGACAAGACCAAAAAAGCCGUAUCAGAAGGAACUCCUGAAAUUUCUCCAAGAACUACUAGGCAGAGGAACGUUAAUUUCAAGAAAUAUGGUAGUGACUUUACGGAACUGGAUGGGGAGGAAACAGAGAGUUAUUCAUUUGAAGAAAACAAGACCGAUGGGAAGAAAAAACGUAAAGUGAAAUUUGUCGAACCUAAUGAAAAACCGAUUCGCAAGUCCAAGAGGACCAGGAAAUGAGGGAUUUAUUGUACAGUUAUUUUUUCCGUGUAAAUAUGUACAUUGCGCAUAUUUUUAUCUUUACUAAGUUAUAUUGUCUCUUUUAUACUGUUGAAAACAAAUUUUUAUUGUUCUUUUCUACGAAGAAUAUGCAACACUAGGUGUUGUAUAUAUUUGGUGUAGUUUUAUUAAAACAUUAAAAUUUGUAAGUACAAAUAUUUAGAAUAUCGAUAAACAUUUAUUUGCAAAAGUUUGUUUAGCUUAUGUGGAAAGUUACUAAAUUCAAAAUACUGAAUACAGAUUGGAAGACGUUGACGAUAUUGUAUUAUACAGGGCGUUAUUUAAGUAUGUGGCCAAACUUCAAGGGGUGAUUCUAGAGUGGUGGGUGAAUGCUAGAGACACGAAACUUGGUAUGAGCAUCCUACUAAUAAAGAGACAACUUUUCAAUAUUUU